AUGUGCCUGUUGGCGCAUUCCUCACUGUCGGAAACCUCGUCAUGGCCGUCAGUUGCAAUGCAAGGCCUGACCAUCGUCGCACUCCUUGUUGGAGCCUCUCGGAUGGGUGAACUCGAUUGGGGGCCCGACAGAUUCCAACGCGUUGUUCACUGGGACCUCCGCCAACUUCUUUUGCAGGAACAAACCGCAUUUUGGGCCCGAAAAAGUGCAGCUCAGUUGAUGGACGAAAUCGAGACAAAUGUCUUUGGCAAAGGCGUCAUGGCCAAACGAGACGGGGAGCUGGCCGACGUAGAAACGUCUGGAGGGCCAAAAAAGUCUCGGGGGUGGUUGGGCGGACGGGGGAAAUCGAAACCACCGCCAAAAGUCGACGACGAAAAUGCAUUGUAA